AUGAACAACCAACCAAACCUUAAAGGUACAUGUGUUACCAAACCAAUAGUUUAUAAUAAGUACAAAACAUGUGGUCAUUUUGGGCAAGCCGUGAAUGACUUUUGUGAAUGGCUUGAUAAAAAGGUGAAAGAUGAAGAAGAGCCAAAAGUAAUUGAUGGCAAGAAUGUGUCUGUUUGGAUUUGUUUGUUUGGUCAUUCGAUGGGUGGAUUGGUUGCUGCGGAUGCUAUUUUAAAGUAUAGAGAAUUAGGCGCGAAAAUAUCACCAAAGAUCGUAGGACUUCUCGCUUAUGAUACUCCUUACUAUGGACUAAAUUAUGGAUUAGAAUGUGAGAUAGUGAACGACACAUGCUCCUGCAUCAGUAAAAUUUCAUUAAAGGUGAAGGAUACGCAUACCACUUCAAAAUCUAAAGUUGUUUUGGGCUUCUGUGCUGGUGCUAUGAUUUGCAAACAUAUGGGUGUGAUAAAGGAUUCGAUUAAAGAUCAUUUCGAGUUUAUUAGUGCAUUACUGAAAAAGGAUGAAUCGAAAAAGAGACUUGAUACGUUGAUACAAGAUUCUAAGCUUAUAUUCCAUUGUUUCUAUAAUUUGAUCCCCGCUGAUGAUAGAGCGAAAACCUUUAUCUCUCUCCCACUAAAACACAUGCGCCAAUACUUCUCACCACACGAGCGUGAUGUAAGCGAUGUAAGCGAUGUAAGCCAUGAGGUUAUAGCACACAUUGCUUCCAUGUUUGAUCUAGAAAUCGAUCAUAGUUUGGAUAAGCUUAUAGCACACAUAACCAUGUUUAAUCCAGAAACCAAUCAUGAAUAUAAUAGUUUGGCUGAUCAUACUACACAUCAAUUGCUAAAAAUGUUGGAAAAUUCUGUUUUCAGAAAAUAA